AUGCAGUGUACAGAGGCUGGAAAGCCUUUAAUUAAAUUCAGCCACUGUAAGAAAUACAUCUACAGCUUCAGUGUGCCCCAAAGCUGCCCCCUCUGCCAGCAAGUCAUGGGCUCAAGGAAGCUGGAGGAAGCACCUGUUAGCAUCUCCAAUCCAUUUACCAACGGGCAUCAAGAAAAAUGUUCAUUCCUCCUCAGACCAACUCAAGGGACGUUCCUUAGGGAGUACGACGGAAGGUCCGAUCUUCAUGUCGGAAUAACCAAUACAAAUGGAGUUGUGUAUAAUUACACCAUGCACGGCGUCCAGCGAGAUGAAGCAGGGUGGGAGCAGAGUGUAAGCAUCCCGUUACUGCAGCCUGGCAUGUUUGGACUGAUGGAUCAGUGGGACAAGUACCUGGAAGACUUCUCCACCACGGGGGCCUGGCUGCCCCAGAGGUAUGAAGAAGACCGUCACAACUGCUACAGUUACACCCUCACAUUCAUUAACUGCAUUCUGACCACAGAAGGCAAGGAGCAACUGGGCAAAGACGAGUUCAUUGAGAAGUAUGUGGUUCCAAGGACGAGGAAGGCCUCCAAGUACAUCACACUGUACCGGGUGAUAGAAGAGCGUGGCUUCUACGUGACCGACCACCCUGAUGAUGAGACAAACCCUCCUGAGGGGAGCGGUGCGUGCUGAGCGCACUAAGAGCAGAAGGACAGCACCCGUUAGUCGGUAUGAGGGAUUUCUACGUGUGUUCAACUGUGGUUAGUAACAAGGUGUUAAGGCUUUCUUGGUAGCACAUUUCUAUCUAUUGCGGUAUAAGUGUUUAUGAAAUGAAUAAAAAUUGCCCUGGGUUUUAAAAGUUAUAUGCAUUACAACUAAAUUAUUCUCAUAAUGGUUCGGUUUUUAAACUGAGGCUCCAUGUUACAGCAUAAAGUGGCAGCAUCUUUUAUUUGCAGAACAAUGAAAGUUAUUCCUAUAAUUAAAGCUGAACAAAUUCA